AUGGCGCAAGUCAAGGUGCAAGCCAUUGCCUCCAUGUUACACUCCAAGGACACCAUCCCUCCCGAGUUCGUGCGCGUGGAGGACGAGCAGCCCGGCGCCACCACGUACCGCGGCCCCGCCCCCGCCGUCCCGGUCAUCGACCUCGCCGACACUGACCGGGUGGUGGACGCGAUCGCCGACGCGAGCCGGGAGUGGGGGAUCUUCCAGCUGGUGAACCACGGAAUCCCGGCCGCUGUGAUCGGGGAGCUGCAGCGCGUGGGGAGGGAGUUCUUCGAGUUGCCGCAAGAGGAGAAGGAGUCUUACGCGGCGGAUCCUCGUUCCGGGAGCAUCGAGGGUUACGGCACGCAGAUCCAGAAGGAUCCCAACGGCAAGAAGGCUUGGGGCGACUACUUGUUCCACAACGUCUGGCCUCCUUCUCGCAUCAACCAUGGAAUGUGGCCCCGUCAGCCUUCUUCGUAUAGGGAGGCUAACGAGGAAUACACCAAGUACUUGCUGGGAAUCUUGGACAAGAUACUGGACAGCCUUUCAUUAGGGUUAGGGCUCGAAGGGAGUGCUCUGAAGAAGGCAUUGGGAGGGGAGGAGAUGGACAUGCUGCUCAAGAUCAACUACUACCCGCCGUGCCCCCGGCCGGACCUGGCGCUCGGGGUGGUGGCUCAUAGCGACUUGUCGGCGGUCACUAUACUCGUCCCCAGCGACGUCCCCGGCCUGCAAAUCUCCAAGGAUGACCGCUGGAUCGACAUCGAUUACGUUCCCGGUGCCCUCAUCAUCCACAUUGGCGAUCAGAUUGAGAUUUUGAGCAAUGGGAAGUACAAGAGCGUAUUGCACAGGGCGACCGUGAACAAGGAGAAAGCAAGGAUAUCAUGGCCGGUGUUCUGCUCGCCGCCGCCGGAGAUGACGGUCGGCCCUCUGCCCCAGUUCGUGAGUGAUCAAAACCCUGCGAAAUAUAAGACGAAGAAGUACAAGGACUACCAGUACUGCAAGUUGAACAAGUUGCCACAGUAA